AUGCUGCAUCAACCAGCCCUCAGCAGUGUGUACUGGCUGAUGCUCUCCUGCCUGAUGCUCCUAUCUCAGGUGCAAGGAGAAGACUCCCAGAAGAAAGUGCCCUCUCCACGUAUCAGCUGCCCCACAGGCUCCAAGGUCUAUAACUCCCACUGCUAUGCCCUGUUUAUGACGCCCAAAUCCUGGUAUCAAGCAGAUCUGGCCUGCCAGAAGAGACCUUCCGGACACCUUGUGUCUAUUCAUAGUGAGUCCGAGUCUUCCUUUGUGUCGGCCCUGGUGAAUGGCAGAGUGAACAACUACCGAGACAUCUGGAUUGGGCUCCAUGAUCCCACAAUGGGUCAAGAACCCAAUGGAGGUGGAUGGAAGUGGAGUAACUCUGAUAUAAUGAAUUACUUUAACUGGGAUGGAAAUCCUUCCUCUGUUGUAAACCGUGGUCACUGUGGGAGUCUGACAGCAAGCUCAGGGUUUCUGAAAUGGGGAGAUCAUCACUGUGAUGGGGCAUUACCUUUUAUCUGCAAGUUCAAGGGGUAA